AACAUCUGAGACUGUAGAAUUCCACACACUCCAUUUAUUGUUGAGGUUUAGUCAUCAUGCUUCGACACAAGAAAACCAAAGCCUCCGGUGUGACCCACUGGCUUAGAAAACGCAGAGAAGACCCAGUGCAGCAAUGGCUGAUGGACAUUCGCUGGUCUACGGAGAUGGAGUGUAUGAAUGUCCUGCAGGGAAAGUCCAUCGUACAGAGUGUGGAGAAAUCCGCCUUCCACACCUCACAUAUUAAAGGUGCUAUUGACGUUGUGAGGAAUGAGUCAAAUGACAUAAGUGGAGAAUUCUCAGUUCUUUUCAAACUGGUAGAGGACGAGGAAUGGGAGACAGUACAGACAUUUACCAUACAGCUGACCUGUCAUGUAAGGGGGCUCAUACACAACUGUAGCAGGGACAUCCCCCACCCUAACCAGUUCAUCCUAGAGCAACAAGAAGUUGUAAUGGGGGAAUGUGCUAAGCUUGCACAGCAGGUAGAAAGUGCCUUUGUUAACUCUGCAAGCCACCCCUCCAAAAUCCCCGUCAUUAACCAGCUGACUUUCCUUGGCCAGGCUUUCAGUCGAUUCGUAGACCUCUCCCUGGGUUACCUUGUUCAGAAAAUAGUAGACAUUUUGGAUGAGGCUAAUGACCCAAUGGUGCUGUCUCAAGCUAUUGGCUCAGUGGUUUCCUUAGGUCUAGAAGGAGAACACAUGUGUUACAUCAUAGCCAGGGAGGGUGGAGUGCGAGCCCUGCUAGACAUCUGUAGGACCGAGAACCUGAGAUUCUGCCACGCUCAGUCCCUGAGAGCGCUCGCCACCAUCAGCUGUGUCACAGAGAGCAUAUUCGAAAUGGAAAAGGAAGGAGGAAUUUGGAGCCUGCUUGACCUUUUGUCUGACCCCGAGGUCAGGGAGUCAGUGCGGGGUGAAGUGGCUGGGGUCAUUGCUCAGGUUACCUCCCCUUGCCUGGAGAAUGUCCACCAGAUGUCAGGGUUGAUUGACAACAUGGAAGAUCUUCUGAUCCAUCUACUUGGGCUCUGCAACUCCACAAAGACAGAGGAGAUUUUCCUGUUGUCGUCUGCUGCCAUUGCUAACAUGACAUUCAUGGAUAGCACAACCUGUGAAAUCCUGCAGAAGAUUCAGGCUCCCAGAAUCCUCUGCUCUUCCUGUCAUUCCAACAUUGCCAAAUCUCUCUUUUCUAAGGACCAGGUGGCAACCAUUUUAGCCAACAUGGUAGCCGCAGACAGCUGUCGCCACGAUGUGGUGGACUGUGGUGGUAUAGACAUCUGUCUAGAGCUGCUGAAUGAGAGUCCUCUGGAUUACAAGACGCCGUCAGAGAUUGCAGCGUGCGAGCGAGUCCAACAGAAAGCUGCCAUCGCUCUGACCAGGAUGUGUCGCGACGAGAGUAAUGCCGCAACCAUUGUGAAAUCUGAAGGUGUACCCCGGUUGAUACAGUUGUGUCGUGACAAGAGAGAGAGGAGUAACAGUGACGCUGUGUUAGUAGCCUGUCUGGCUGCAUUAAGAAAGAUCAACUCCUUGAACAAGCUCGAGGACCUGAGUGGGAUCGACAACCAACAGCUGAUCCAGCCCAAACUCAUGGACUCGUUCCUCAUCUGCACCAACACAGAUGAAAAUUUUGUAUGAUUUUGUAGAGGCAUGUUUACUUAAGGACUCAUUAUCUGCACCGACACAGAUAAAAAUUUUGUAUGAACCCGUAGAGGCAUGUUUACUCAAGGACUCAUUAUCCGCACCAACACAGAUAAAUAUUUUGUAUAAAACUGUAGAGGCAUGAUUACUCAUGUGCACCAGCACAGAUGAAAAUUGUGUGUGAACCUAUAGAGUGAUGCUCUCCAACAUCCAGUCAAUGUGCAGUAUUGAGGCAUUCUUUGGGUGAACAGAAAGGGAACAAAGUAAAAACUAAAUGCAAAGUCAACAUGAGUUGACCUAACAAAUCCAUAUCAAUAAAAUGCUCAUUUUUUGGCACAAGUAUACAAAAUAUAUUUUUGUAGAAAACUGUAGAUGCUGAAAAUUUUUAACAGUUUAUGAUAGUGUGUUAAUUUAUUUUGUGAUUUUUGCGACAUGAGAUCAAAUUGGAAUUCACUUAAAGUGUCUUUAUGUUGUUGUUUAGUACCUGUUUUUUUUCUUCAAAAAAUAGGUACUCUUACCUAUAAACCCCGUACCCAAACUUCUGAUAUUUGUGCAUCUUUGCCUUAUACUGUGGUUUCAUCAAAAUUCGUUGAACACCAAUUUUCGAGUAUUUCUUUGUUAAGUUGAUCCACGAAAUUUAAUGUUCAUUGAAAUGCAAGUUCUAUUAUCAAUUUAUAUUAAUAGGGUCAUAAGCUGCAAAUUUAUGUAUCAUCUGCAAAUUUAUGUAUCCUUAAAACUGUGAUUUUCAUUUUAUUUAUUAAAAUUGAUGCCCUUGAAUAUUAAUGAAACCACAGUAAAUGACUGUGUUCAAUUAACUCUGUGUUCUUCUUGGAGCUUUAUCUGAAUCAAAACAAUACUUCAGGGUACAAUUAUAGUUAUUACACCCUGCAGGUUAUAUUUUUUUGAGAUAUCAAAGCUUUUAAAGAUUGAUUGCACCAAAAGAAAAGCAUUAGUACAAGGUUGUCAAAAGUUGAUCUAUUUCGUUUGAUAUUUUAAUUUGUUGUUUAAUUAUCUUUCCGUCAUGAUUGUUGUCAAAACUUUGUUUUAUAUUUUGAAACUUUGUUCUUUUUCCAUGGAAUGCAGUUUAAAAACUUGAAGAAAAAAAUCCAUACAGUGAGGAAUAUUUUUUUUUUUUAAGAACUGCAUUGUAGUUGUAAAUUGUUUUGUUUUGUGUUAUCAAAAUGACAAUUUGAAAAAUGUUUUUCAUUUUCCAAAACAAAAAAAUAUUGCAGAUAACAAAAUAUAAAAUAUAUACAAAUAUACCCUAGCUAAAACCUUGAAAAUUACACAGUUUUGAAAAUAAGCCCCCACUCUCUUACCUUAGUCCAAGCUCUUGUUAAAAUGGUUCUAAUGAGUUUGAUUGGGAAAUAAAAAAAAAACUGUUUAUUACUUGGUACUAUGACUAGGGGAAUAAAAGAUUGGAUCGAAAUCUUAAGCUGUUUAGAUAUUAUGUUAAUGUAUGAAGUUUUUUUUUAACAAGGUUGUUACCAUAUAUUUAGCAGACUUGCAAAACAAAUGUUUCUGCUUGUUACGAAUUUUGAAUACAUGGAUGAGCAGUGCUACCAUUUUGUUGUGACUUUUAAAUUUUUUUUUCUUCUGCAUGCAUUAUAUUCAUUUUAGCAGUGUUUUAUUUUUAGACAAUGACAAUUCUUGUAAUUUUUUUUAGAUUAGGUAUGGCAUAUAUUUUUAACUGUUUUACUUUGGUAAAAUUUAUAUGAAAUGUGUUGCUAUACAAGUAUUUAGAAGCAUAAUUUUUAAUUGACAACAUAACCUCAAUUAUGACAGUUUGGUGCAUAUCACCAAGAUAAGCUAAAAUUUAAAACACCUCUUAAAAAAAAUUACCACUGUAAAUUAGUUUUAAAAAAUCUGUUUCUAGAAAAUGUUUGUUUGACUAGUAAUCUAGAACUUAAUCAUACACUUAUAAUGUAUACAUGUACACCUAAACAUACAAUUCAUAAUGAUUCAGAAUUAUAGUAAUGCACAAUAUAACAACAACACUCAAACUCAAUUGGGCCAAGGAAAAUCACAGUAAGAAUAAAUGAAAACAAACAAACCCAAAAGACAUUGGUACUAAGGUAAAACUUAAGAUGUUUGAAUUAUUGAAGUGCAAAAUUAAUAUACAUAGUUACUCAGUAUACAUAAUGCAUUAACAAUUUGUGGUGCACAUUGCAACGUUUCCACAAGAAUGACUUACAGUAUUACACAUAUAUAAAGAACCAUGUUUUAUGUCUUGCCUUCAUGUUUUUUAUUUAUUUUCAACUUUAAUAAUUAUUAUAUAUUUAUUAAUACAGAUAUAAAUAAACCCUUUUUUGAAUGUGGUAUAUUUUUUUCUCUUGCAAAACAUUUUGCUGAUAAUCUUGAAUUUUUCUUAGACUAGUGAAAAGUCUAUUGUUUUAUUUGUUUAUUAUUGAUAUUUUGUUCUGACUUAAACACUUAAAAAAAUAAACUGAUUCACCUUGAGUUGAUAGUGAUUUAAGGACUGUAUGAUUAUAUUUUACUGUAUUGUUAAUGUCAUAUAUUUUAAAAAAUGAUAUUUGAUUCUUUUGAUGUCUCAAUUUAGAUUUUUAACAAAUAUACGAAUGUACUUUAUGCAUUUGAUCUCACUUUAUUUUAUACACGCAAAACACAAACCACAUUUCUUAUAUUACUCUCAUAUUUAAAUAAUGUUUUGAUAUUCUUAUCAUAAUAUGAAUUUGUAUCUUUAUGAUGUCUAUUUAUUAUAAUAAUAUGAUUUUGUUUAAAGAGUAUGCAUCAGAAUUUGAAUCAUAC